AGCAUGGAGAAUAUUUUUACUUACUUUGCUACCGCCAUAAGGCAUCAGUUGAGAGAGAGAGAGAGAUUGCUGUGUCGCUCGUGCUUUGGAAGAAGGGAAACCUCUCGACCGAAUGUUAGGAGGAGGAGAACGACGACGAAGAAUUUAAAGCUUUCUUCCCAAUGGAGGACGUCUCUGUACAGAUUGAUGCCAAAAGUUUUGAUAAAACUGCCACUGUAGUGGUAGAUAUGGACAGCUUGCAGCAGCCCACAGAUAGAAGUAGCCCCAAAAUGAUAAGAGCCCUAUCCCGGAAAUGGUCUUAUAGAGCUGAGAGAUUGACAAAUCCUGAGGAAGAAGACAUUGAUGAAUCUUCGAAGAGAACUGCCGCAAAAGUACUAAAUACACAGUUGGAGCCUUUGAAGCAAUCAUUACUAAGUAACAAAUCUAUGAAUACAAAUUCAGCUAAUCAAGGCGGCUCCAAUCUUUUAGAUGCUGCUGAUGGGAGGAACAAGAAGUUAAACCGAUUUGUGGCCAUCAAUCCUAGGAAGAUCCUUUGUAUUUUUGCAACUCUGAAAAUGAUAUUCAUACAUAAUUUUUGUACAGAACAUGCACAUAAUGAAAUGGUCAAGCAUGGGCUCUCUUGUAUUGAUAUACUUCACCCUUGCCAUGAAUGUCUCAUUUUGAGGUUUUUGGCUGGUUGGUAGGCUGCUGGAGCUCAGUUAUGGAGGUAGAGCAUUGGACCAUUCCAAGGUUCCAACCACCCAUCCCUCUCUGUCAAAUGCUUUAGACUUUCUCUAGAACCAUCUGGCUGUAGAUCAGUGAGAAGCCAACCACACAGCUGUAUCUAUAUAUAUAUAUAUAUACUGUAAGAUCAAGCUUCCUUCAUCUCUGCUUGGUUUUGUGUACCUUCAUGUUAUUAUCUAGGGCAAUUGGGUGCUUAGAAAAUUUGGCCACUGCAAUAAAUCAAACACAUAAUGCAGGCAGUCUUUGAACAUGAGCACAUGUACACAAUUUUGUGCAAUGUCAAGUACUUCUUGCUUUGAUUCUUAUGAUUGGCUGGCUUCAUGUUACAUUGAAAGAUUGCUUACGUCUUUCAUUACAUGAAA